CAGCUUGAAUCGAGUUGACAUGACAUCAUCGUGAAAAUAGCGGUGUCACAAAGUGUGUUCGCCCACACUGUAAUUCACACAGCGCUCAUACUGACGCUCCCUCUGCUCCAUCCUCAACCACUGCAGUCAUGUCUGACUUCUCAGAGGACCAGAUUUGUGAGUUUAAGGAGGCCUUCCUCCUGUUUGACCGAACAGGAGAUGGGAAGAUCAUGUACAAUCAGUGUGGGGAUGUGAUGCGUGCUUUGGGCCAGAACCCUGUCAAUGCUGAGGUCCUCAAAGUCCUGGGAAACCCCAGUAAUGAAGAUAUGAACAUGAAAAUGCUGGACUUUGAGCAGUUCUUGCCCAUGCUGCAGGCCAUCGCUAAGAACAAGGACCAGGGUUCCUUUGAGGACUUUGUGGAGGGGCUGCGGGUGUUUGACAAAGAGGGAAAUGGAACGGUGAUGGGUGCUGAGCUGCGACAUGUCCUCACGACACUGGGUGAGAAGAUGACAGAGGAGGAAGUGGAGACGCUCUUGGCAGGACAUGAGGACGCUAAUGGCUGCAUCAAUUAUGAAGCGUUUGUGCGCCACAUUAUGGCUGGUUGAGGAGAGGAACUCGUAAGGAUGGUCAUGAGCGGUUGAAGAUUUUUUUUUUUUUUUUUUCAGUCAGGCCCCCCAUUUAUGUGAUUUCUUCAUUUCCUUAUUAGCUUUUUUAAUUAUUUGUUCUUUAUUUUUUCCUUAAGUGCCUUUUAUCAUGUUUCUGGAGGAUUAUGGCUCAUUUAAUUCCAAAAACUUUCAUUGAUGUUCAUAGGUUUGCUUGAAUACCUUCCAUUCAGCCAUUGCAUUCUUUCCACAGGUCAUUGUAUUUAGCCUCUGUUUGUCUUAAACUGUGAGGGACAUUUUGAUAGGCUCUUAUUGCAGUUUUUUUUAUUAACCUGUUAUCUAAAUGUUUGUAAGUCAUUUGACAUCCCUCCUUAAUGGUCAUCAUAAUAAAUAUUCAGAAU